CAAUAGCUGCCAUAAAGGCAGGAUAGUUGCAGUGCAGAUACAACAGAGCUUGGCCCUCAGUCAUAAUAUUUUUGCUCGGUACACUGUUCAGAGAGCCCCCAGUGUGUGUGUGAGAGAGAGAAAUAUUUUGAUCAGAACCAUUAGUUUUAUCCAUGUACAGAAGAUUCUGCAACCCAAAUGGUCCCUUAAAAUAAAUAAAUACAUUGCCUACUAUUACUAGUGUAUUUUCUCUUCUCCAAAGAGCUCAACUACUAGUAGUUUUGUAUAUCUGAUCUGUUCUCAAAAGAAGAAAAAGAUAUCUUCUGAUCCAUGAUGAGUAGUACAGGAAGAAGUAGUAGGUUUCCUUUCACAGCAAAUCAGUGGGAAGAACUUGAACAUCAAGCUCUUAUUUACAAGUAUAUGGUCUCUGGAAUGCCUGUUCCUGCUGAUCUUCUCUAUACCAUCAGAAGGAGUUUGGAUUCUUCCCUUUCCUCAAAGCUCAUCAUCCACCAACCUCACCAUAUUGGAUGGAACUGUUUUCAGAUGGGAUUUGGGAAGAAAAUAGAUCCAGAGCCAGGGAGGUGCAGAAGAACAGAUGGAAAGAAGUGGAGGUGUUCAAAAGAAGCUUACCCAGAUUCCAAGUACUGUGAGAGACACAUGCACAGAGGCAGAAACCGUUCAAGAAAGCCUGUGGAAAUUAUGACUACUAACAACACAUCAACAACAACAAGACCUACUCCCCAAACAGCAAUUCCCAUCUCAUCAAUCAACAAAAACACAAACACUCAUGAACCCCACCACCACUAUCCUUUUCUUUAUAGACCAACUCAAGACCAUAAUACCCCCAAGUUCCUUUCCGAAUCUCCUGCUUAUUCCAGAAAUGAAAUGAAAGAGGAAGUAGACGAGCAUAUUUUCUUCUCAGAGGCUUCAGGGACAAUGAGAAGUAGAUGUGGUUCGAAUGAUACUUGGCAAUUGUCACCACUUACAAUGAGUUCUUCACCAAUGAAACAGAGGACAACUUAUUCACCUUCACAGAGUACAGGUCAUUCUUACUUACAACUUCAAAGCCUCAAUGACACUUCAAGACAAGGACAGUAUUAUUAUCAUAAUGAUGUCGAGAAAGAAGAUCACCAGCCCAAGAAAGUAAUGCACCAUUUCUUUGAUGAAUGGCCACCCAAAGACAACAAGCAUUCAUGGCUUGAUUCUGAUGAUAAAUUUUCCAAAACACAACUCUCAAUUUCAAUAUCAAAUCCCUCACAAGACUUGUUCAUCACCACUAAUGAGAAAUGAGAUUUGAGAGCCAAAAGAGUACUUGUUCAAUGGGUGGUGGGGCGGUGCUUUUUCUGAUGUUAGCUUUUCAUAUACAUGUGUUCCUUCUGAGAAGGUUUUUAUUUAUUUUAUUUUCAUAUUUAUGCAAGUGUUGUGUUGUUGUUGUAGUAGUACUUGAAUUAGAAGUAUAUGGUUUCUGGCUAACUGAGCAUUCACAUGGUA